GGGCCCGACCCGGCCUCGGCCCCCGUCCGGAGCGUGCCAUGGCCGACCGCGGCUGCCCGCUGGAGGCGGUGCCGCUGCCCACCGAGGUGCGGGAGAGCUUGGCGGAGCUGGAGCUGGAGCUUUCGGAAGGUGACAUCACUCAAAAAGGAUAUGAAAAGAAAAGGGCAAAGCUGCUAGCACGUUACAUACCACUUAUUCAAGGAGUAGACCUGUCCCUGCAAGCAGACAGCAGAACCACGGGACCCUCACAGACAGCGGCUGCCACUCCCAAACAGCCCAAGUCACGCCCCACCAAUUCCCGGGACGAACGCUUCUGUUCAGAUGUCCACACGGAAGCCGUGCAGGCAGCGCUGGCCAAGUACAAGGAGAGGAAGGUGCCCAUGCCCUCGAAACGGCGCUCUGCCCUCGUGCACUCAUCCGUGGACACAUACACGCCUCCAGACACCUCGUCCGCCUCAGAAGAUGAGGGCUCUUUGUGGCGACCAGGGCGACUCACCUCCACACCGCUCCAGAGCCGUCCCAGUGUCGAGCCCUGGCUCGACCGGGUCAUUCAGGGCUCGUCCACCUCAUCCUCUGCAUCCUCCACCUCAUCUCAUCCGGGAGGGAGACCUGCCACCGUUCCAAGCGCCGCCUCCGCACUCACCGGCCUCGCAGCCCACGCCCAUAUAGACCUGCACCCCGCCCCUCCUGAUGUCACCACAGGCCUGGGCCUCGGGGAGCAUCUGCACUGUGAGCGUCCACAGGUGGCUUCCGUGAGAGGAGUUCCUCGGGGAUGCAGUGGGAGCAUCCUGGAAACAGCAGAUGGUGUCCCCGUGAGCAGCAGAGUGUCCUCCAAAAUCCAGCAGCUUCUGAACACCCUGAAGAGGCCAAAGCGCCCUCCACUGAAGGAGUUCUUUGUGGAUGAUUUCGAGGAAUUGCUGGAAGUUCAGCAACCAGAUCCAAAUCAACCGAAGCCUGAGGGCAGUCAGAUGGUCAUGCUGAAAGGGGAACCGCUGGCAGUGGGGACUCCCUGGCCCCCGUCACUGCUGGCUGCCUUGCAGCAGUGGGGCACAACCCAGCCCAAAGCCCCCUGUCUGACUGCCUUGGAUACAACUGGGAAGGCCAUCUAUACCCUCACCUAUGGCAAACUUUGGAGUAGAAGUUUAAAACUAGCUUAUACUCUACUUAAUAAACUGACUAGUAAGAAUGAACCACUACUUAAGCCUGGAGACAGAGUGGCGCUCGUGUUUCCCAACAGCGAUCCUGUGAUGUUCAUGGUUGCGUUUUACGGGUGUCUCCUGGCAGAGCUGAUCCCUGUCCCCAUAGAAGUGCCAUUAACCAGGAAGGAUGCCGGCAGCCAGCAGGUGGGGUUUCUGCUGGGCAGCUGUGGGGUUGUCCUGGCCCUGACCACAGAUGCUUGUCAGAAAGGCCUCCCCAAAGCACAGACUGGAGAGGUGGUAACCUUCAAAGGUUGGCCUCCCCUCACUUGGCUGGUGGUUGACGGGAAGCAUCUGGCAAAGCCCCCUAAGGACUGGCACCCGCAGGCUCAGGAUGCAGGGGACGGGACUGCCUACAUUGAGUAUAAAACUAGCAAAGAAGGCAGUACGGUGGGGAUCACAGUGUCUCACGCAUCCCUGUUAGCACACUGCCGUGCUUUGACCCAGGCAUGCGGGUACUCUGAAGCUGAAACGCUAACAAAUGUGCUGGAUUUUAAAAGGGAUGCUGGCCUGUGGCACGGAGUGUUAACGAGCGUCAUGAACAGGAUGCACGUGAUCAGUGUCCCUUACGCCCUGAUGAAAGUCAACCCACUCUCCUGGAUUCAGAAAGUGUGUACGUAUAAAGCCCGAGCAGCCCUGGUGAAGUCCCGCGACAUGCACUGGUCUCUCCUAGCACAACGAGGUCAAAGGGACAUCAGCCUUAGCUCUCUGCGGAUGCUGAUCGUGGCAGAUGGUGCCAACCCAUGGUCCAUCUCUUCCUGUGACGCCUUCCUCAAUGUCUUCCAGUCCAGAGGCCUGAGGCCGGAGGUCAUCUGCCCCUGUGCCAGCUCCUCCGAGGCGCUCACGGUGGCUGUGCGAAGGCCGCCUGACCUGGGGGGACCGCCUCCAAGAAAAGCCAUCUUGUCAAUGAGCGGCCUCAGCUACGGUGUGAUCCGAGUCGACACCGAGGAGAAGCUGGCGGUGCUGACCGUGCAGGAUGUCGGCCAGGUGAUGCCAGGAGCUAAUGUGUGUGUGGUGAAGGUUGAAGGCACCCCUUAUCUCUGUAAAACGGAUGAAGUUGGAGAAAUCUGUGUCAGCUCCAGUGCCACGGGCACAGCGUACUAUGGGCUGCUUGGGAUCACAAAGAGCGUGUUUGAGACUGUCCCACUCACGGCAGGAGGUUCUCCCGUCUCCGACAGGCCAUUCACCAGGACUGGGCUACUGGGCUUCAUUGGGCCGGACAACCUGGUCUUCAUCGUGGGCAAGCUGGAUGGGCUGAUGGCAGUCGGCGUGCGCAGACACAGUGCCGAUGAUGUGGUGGCUACCGCGCUGGCUGUGGAGCCCAUGAAGUUUGUCUACAGAGGCAGGAUAGCCGUGUUCUCCGUGACCGUGCUGCACGACGACCGCAUCGUCCUGGUGGCAGAGCAGCGGCCUGACGCCUCAGAGGAGGACAGCUUCCAGUGGAUGAGCCGCGUGCUGCAGGCCAUCGACAGCAUCCACCAGGUGGGCGUCUACUGCCUGGCCCUGGUUCCUGCCAACACCUUGCCCAAGGCUCCCCUUGGCGGAAUUCACAUUUCUGAAACCAAACAGCGCUUCCUGGAGGGGACUCUGCACCCGUGUAAUGUGUUAAUGUGCCCACACACCUGUGUUACCAAUCUUCCCAAACCUCGUCAGAAGCAGCCAGAAGUUGGCCCGGCCUCCAUGAUCGUGGGGAACCUAGUUGCAGGGAAGAGGCUUGCCCAGGCCUCCGGGCGGGAGCUCACCCACCUGGAGGACAGUGACCAGGCAAGGAAGUUCCUGUUUCUGGCUGAUGUGCUGCAGUGGCGCGCCCACACCACGCCGGACCACCCGCUCUUCCUGCUGCUGAACGCCAAGGGCACCGUGACCAGCACCGCGACCUGUGUUCAGCUGCACAAGAAAGCUGAACGCGUGGCUGCCGCCUUGAUGGAGAGAGGAAGACUGAGCAUCGGAGACCACGUCGCCCUGGUCUAUCCCCCAGGGGUGGACCUCAUCGCUACCUUCUAUGGCUGCCUGUACUGCGGCUGUGUGCCCGUCACCGUGCGGCCCCCGCACCCUCAGAACCUGGCCACCACACUGCCCACCGUCAAGAUGAUUGUGGAGGUCAGCAAGUCCGUGUGCGUCCUUACAACCCAGGCCAUCAUGCGGCUGCUCAAGUCCAAGGAGGCUGCCGCCACUGUGGACGUCAGGACCUGGCCAACCAUUUUAGACACAGAUGACAUACCAAAAAAGAAGGUUGCCAGCAUCUUCAGGCCCCCGUCCCCGGAUGUGCUUGCGUACUUGGACUUCAGCGUGUCCACCACAGGGAUCCUAGCAGGCGUGAAGAUGUCACACGCGGCCACAAGCGCCUUGUGCCGCUCCAUAAAGCUGCAGUGUGAGUUGUAUCCCUCACGCCAGAUCGCCAUCUGCCUUGACCCCUACUGUGGCCUGGGCUUCGCUCUGUGGUGCCUGUGCAGUGUCUACUCAGGACACCAGUCUGUCCUGGUGCCCCCCCUGGAGCUAGAGAGCAACGUGUCGUUGUGGCUGUCAGCCGUCAGCCAGUACAAGGCCCGAGUCACCUUCUGUUCCUACUCAGUGAUGGAGAUGUGCACCAAGGGCCUGGGCACACAGACGGGCGCACUCAGGAUGCGGGGCGUGAACCUGUCCUGUGUGCGUACCUGCAUGGUGGUGGCAGAGGAGCGGCCCCGCAUCACCCUGACGCAGUCCUUUUCCAAGCUAUUCAAAGACCUAGGCCUGUCGGCACGCGCUGUGAGCACCACCUUCGGGUGCAGGGUCAACGUGGCCAUCUGCCUCCAGGGCACUGCCGGCCCCGACCCGACGACAGUCUACGUGGACAUGAGAGCACUGCGCCAUGAUAGGGUGCGUUUGGUAGAACGGGGUUCUCCACACAGCCUGCCACUGAUGGAGUCUGGAAAGAUCCUCCCAGGGGUGAAAGUCAUUAUUGCACACACUGAAACCAAAGGGCCCCUCGGAGACUCACACCUGGGAGAGAUCUGGGUGAGCAGCCCCCACAACGCCACUGGGUACUACACAGUCUAUGGAGAGGAGGCGCUACAUGCCGACCACUUCAGUGCCCGGCUGAGCUUCGGAGACACCCAGACUAUCUGGGCCAGAACUGGAUACCUCGGCUUCCUCCGAAGGACAGAGCUCACGGAUGCCAGUGGAGAGCGGCAUGAUGCACUGUAUGUCGUCGGAUCCCUGGAUGAGACACUGGAGCUGAGAGGCAUGCGGUACCACCCCAUCGACAUCGAGACCUCGGUCAUCCGGGCGCACAGGAGCAUUGCUGAGUGUGCCGUCUUCACAUGGACCAACCUGCUGGUGGUGGUGGUGGAGCUGGAGGGCCUGGAGCAGGACGCGCUGGACCUGGUGGCCCUGGUGACCAACGUGGUGCUGGAGGAGCACUACCUGGUUGUCGGUGUGGUGGUCAUCGUGGACCCGGGAGUGAUCCCCAUCAACUCACGGGGUGAGAAGCAGCGCAUGCACCUGAGGGAUGGCUUCCUGGCCGACCAGCUGGACCCCAUCUAUGUCGCCUACAACAUGUGAAACAGCACAUGCCAAAAUGAGAUUCUCACACCCACUGUCAUUCAGUCAAAAGUGUGGUAACGUGGGGAAAUGCUGACGUGUCUCCAGCCACUAGAAGAAGGACACAAGUCUUCGUGGAAUGGCGUCACUCCCUGGGCGCCAUUACAAGUCUGUCCUCACAGUUCCCAAAAGGUCAUCUUGGAAAGCGUUUCCUGAAUUUAUUUAAAGAAAGGUUUCGAAUUUGCCGAGGACAUUUACGGAAAUGAAUGUCAGCGUUUUAACGUGUGGAUGACUGAAAAGGAAAGGCCCAGCACGGGUAUUGCAAGAAGCCGCAGACACACCGUUGUUCUCUGCUGUAUUACGAGUGUGCACUUUCUUUAAGCAAAAAAUAUAGUUCCUGAUUUUUAAAAAUCAAUUAUUUAUUCCCACACCAAAUGAGAAAUUCAUUUAUAAAUUUAUGCUGGAAAAAGAACUGAGGCCCUUAGUACAGCUGCCUCACCUCCAUCUCACAGGGAGGCGGCUGAGCCCAGAAAGGCUGACGGGAAGGGCAGUGAGUCCUGGCUCUGCGGCUUGGCACCACGGCCGCACACAGCGCCUUCUCCUUGCCGGUUUGUUUAUUGAGACAGGUGUGCCUGACUCUCUGCGUAUGUAGUUGCUAAUAUGUGAUAAGUGCCAUGCUGGACUGCCAAGAUAGAUGUUCUAUCUCAGAAAGAUAAGUCAGCAUUUGGUUUUAAACCACUGUCCUAGGUUUGUAACUAGGAAGCUGCAUGUAACUCACGCAGGUUAGUCAAAUUCUUGUUUUCAUGGCAUUACCGUAUUAACUCUUCUCCGUAAGUGGAAGUGCAGUGCGUUACCUUUACUCUAAGUCAGUGGAUUCUGACGCCUUGAUGGACAAGUCUAAGGUGUCACAUUCUCAGCGCUGUUGUGUGACCGUUCUCUGCAGGAGCGGGCAAGGAGUGGCACCGAGGGCUUUGUCUAACGCUGAAGAUGGAGAUGAUCGUAGAGUCAUCAGCUGCUUUUGCACUUUGAGUUGUACGCCUAUAAAAUUUGGCCAAACCAUAUAUAGUUACUUUAUUCAAACUUGACUAAACCGAGUGAUCUAAUAUUAUAGGGAAUCUAAAUCAAAGAAGAGAAUGUAAAAACCUUUAGAUACUUUUAAGAAUUUGAAGUCAAGCACGAAUCUAAGACAUAGAUUAUUUUUAUAUAGCUAACAGAGUACGUUAUGAAGUUGUUGAGUUUUAUGGGGAUGAAGAAUGGAAAAGUUUAGAAUCUUGCAUGUUUCACAGAAACAACCAGGCUUUUCCAGAAUUAGUCUGGAAUGAGCCUGGAUCAGUGCCUAACACAGCUGUUAUUAAUUCUCUACCAUUUUGAAGUCCCCACCAAAGGAGUCUGACUGACUGGGUGGACCCUCACAUCUUACUCUUACGUGGUUACAAACAGCACCGUGCAUAGUGCUCUCUUGGCCUGUGGUGUUAGACUGCAGUGUAGUGUGUCACCACAUACUGGAAUUCUAAUAACCCUGGUGUAAUUAUGUACAGAAUCUGUGUAACUUAUUGUUUGACAUACAGAAGUUUUAGCAGUGGGCUAAUGGACAUUCCUUAUAAUAGAAUGGCCAGGAAGGGAAAAGAGCUACCUAACUGAAUUUUAAUGUUGUAGUUUUAUAGCAAAAAAAUACUGUAAGAUUUUUGUAUUGAAAGAUCAGUGACAGUAAGACAAGGUAUCUUGUAAAAUAGGGUUUUAAUAAGCACAUUAAAAUGUUUAAAAUUACUCUCUGGAAAUUCUGUAUAUCACACUAAAAUUUUUUAUAUCCUUAUGUUAAUAAAAAGUUAUUGACUGUUUGUAAUUCUAUAUUUUGAAAUUUGUGAAAAGGUUUUUAAAAUACCCCAAAUAGGAUGUACAUUAUUAUGCAUUUUUUUCUGAAUAUAAAAACAAUUAUACUUAGAGCAUAAAAUCUAGAAAGCACAUUAAAGUAUAAAGAAGAAAAUUAGAAUAUUCUAUAAGCCUACCUCUGAGCAAUAGCAGCAUUAGUAUUCAACAUAAAUCCUUUCAGGGACUUAUAUUUCCCUUUUUUUUUUAAUUUUUAUAAAAUUAGAAUCAUAUUUUAUAAUCUGCUUUUGUACUAAAUAAAUUACAAACUUUCAAAUCUAUUACAUAUAUUCUUCUACAUAUCAUUUUAAUGACUGUAUAGUAUUCCAUCUUACAGGUGUACAAACUAAACGAGGCACACUCUGCUGUACAUCAGUGUUGUUCUCAGCAGUGCGGCAGUGAACCUCUGCAGAGAUAUGUUCACACUUCCACGAUUACUGCCUUGGGCUUAGUUUCCACAGGUAAAAUGAAUGGGUCAAAGUUUAUGCCAUGUUUGAAGCUUUUGGUAACUGCUAAAAUAAAUAAAUAAAUAAACUGGUAGUGUCAGAGGGGCCUCUCUCCUGGUGGUCCCAACAAGGAUGAAAUGGACUUUUGCUCAAGAUUGAAAUGAGAAGUCCUUGCCACUUUGAUAGGCAAGCAGUUGUUUAAUUUCUAGUCAUCUUGAAAAUGUUUUCAUGUGUUUUGUGGUCAUUUCUCUUUCUCACUUGAUGUAUUCUAUUCAGAUUGGGCAGUUACACUGCUGGAGUUUGUACUUACUCAUUUGUGGGAGUUGUUUUAUAUUAAGAAUCAUAACCUUCAUAUAGCCCAUACUUUUUCUAGCGUGUCAUUUGAAUCUUGAUUCUACUUGUUUGAAUUCAGGUUGUUUUUUUCAAAUCCUUAUUUUAUGCAACCUGUGUUUACAUGUGCUUAAUUUCAGAUCAUGAGUAUAGCUGAUUUAUAUCAGAUUUGCUCUACAAAAAUGGUCAGCAUAACCCUACGUGGCAGAGAAGUAACUUAUGUCCAGUGUUGGCUCACUUCCUGCCGCAGAGCCUUACAGGGCAAGGCGGUGCCUGCCAUCAGGCCUUUCAGACCAUUACAAAGAAAGAGCAAGAAGGCCUGCUGGUGGCUGUGUCUCACUGGCACUAAAUGUUGUCAGGGAAUCAAGCACACUACUUGCUGUGUGCAAAAAGAAGGGAAAGUGUAUUCCCUCCCUGAGAUCACUUUACAUGAGUUUUGGGUCUUAAAAGGUUAAGGAGAAAACACUUUUUUUUUUUAAUUGGAUACAUUAAUAGUGUUGUAACUCUGUAUAUGACAUUCAUCCUACUUUGAUCAUUUUCAGUAAUGGAGAAUUGAGCAAGAAUUCUUUUAAAGGGUAACUACAUGCGAAAUUUCAAAACCAAUAGUUUUUACAUUUUUGCUUCUUAGUAAAUGGUUUUAAAGAGGAAUGAUCUUUAAAGGAUCCAAGCAGGUAGCCAUGCUAUCCUUCCCUCCCACCCCGUGGGUGGUCUGAGAGCCUGACCCCUUGAGCUCGCUUCCUUUUUGCUGAAUCUUCACCCCGAUUCUUCCUGCAUUUAGCUCUGCCUUUCAGGGUCACUA